AUGGCAUGUGCUCGAUGCGGAUGUGGCGUUUACCAAACGGAAGACAUAAUAACUCUAAAUAAAAUAUGGCACAAGUGCUGCUUCACCUGUUAUAGAUGCAGAAAACGAUUAGACAAAUGUACCGCAAAAAUUUUCCAAGGUGAGGUUUUUUGUGACCGCUGCUAUAAAUGUUUACUUCAAGGGUUAGAGUUACUUUCUUCACCAUCUAAACCUUGUCGAGUGGCCUCUACGCCAAGUUGUACAUGCGAAAAAGGCAUCUCCAAACCGGCUAAAGUUUUACCUGCGUUAGAUAAAUCGAAGAAAUAUCAAAUCUGCUUCUUGACAAACCAACAAGUGAGAAUCGUGAAAUCCUGCAGUUACAUUCCCGAUAAGAAGUCGAAUAUUGACAAGAAGGAUCGUUACUGUUUGGCUUUUCCUUUACCAAGAGAGAUAGCAAAUUACUGUAAUAGGGUGCAUACGAUGCCUAAGCAAAAACAAAGCCCAACCAAUUGCUGCUGCACGGAAAACACUCGUUACCGCUCUAAAAAAUCAGACAACACCCCGAGAUUCGCGAAAAUACGUUCCCUGUCCCAACAACCUCCCUGCCUCAUCUGUCGGGAGAACUACAGAUCAGCCCCCCCGCCCCCUCAGUGCUGUAAAUGUUCCCGGAUCAACAGCCCCCCUCCGGGUUGUCGCUGUCUUACGCCGGUUUGCACUUGCUGUCCACAACCGCCGCCUUGUCAUUGCCCCCCAUUACCUCCGUCAUGUCGUUGCCCUCCGCCUCCCCCAGCUUGCCGCUGUCCCCCGCAACCUCCAGAUUGUCGUUGCCCUCCGCCACCCCCAGCUUGCCGUUGUCCCCCGCAACCUCCAGAUUGUCGUUGUCCACCACGACCUCAGGAGCGGUACUCGUCGCUGUCUCAAGAACGAUAUCCCCCGCAAACGGAGGAAUCUCCUCCGCCGUCGCUGCCGCAGUGUUGUUGCGCAUCACCUACUCCUCCGUCACCCCAACAGGAGAAAUGUUGCUGUCCCCAGUGCAGUCCCCCGCCUCGUUGCAAGAUCCACUCGCCCCCUGUCAAGCCUCCAUUACCUAAAACAUAUAGGAGCCCGACGACAAGGAAACCCUGUCCCCCGUGUUGUCCGGAGGCUAAUCGGAAACAGGAAACUGCCAAGAAGUCGUCUUGUCGCUGUUGUUCGUCACUGGAAGACAGUUUUCUGCCCUGCGUCUGCAAGAUGCCCAAGUACUGUCCGUGUGGUAACCUGAACCCGUGCAAUUGUAAAAUGUGUCAAGUCAGAGCCAUCUGUACACCCAUUUGUAAGAGGUGUGGAUGCAAGGUUUAUGCUGCUGAAAAAGUUUCAGUUAGCAAGGGAGCCUUCCACACCGGCUGUUUUUCUUGCUUUUGUUGCCGCAAACCGUUAGAUGUCUGUAACUUUUACGAGAGUUGCGGGGAAAUAUAUUGUAAACAAUGUUAUAAUAACUUAUACGGGAACCAAUUGUAUGGAUAUGGAUCGUCACAAUUCUUUUAA